AUGGGUAUCAGCCGUGAUUCUAGACACAAGCGCUCCGCCUCUGGUGCCAAGCGAGCAUAUUACCGGAAGAAGCGCGCUUUUGAAGCCGGACGACAAGAGUCCAACACCCGUAUCGGAACCAAGAGAAUCCAUCUAGUCCGAACCCGUGGUGGCAACCGCAAAUUCCGUGCCCUCCGUCUCGAGGCCGGUAACUUCUCAUGGGCCUCUGAGGGUAUCGCCCGCAAGGUCCGUGUGAUCGUCGUCGCUUUCCAUCCUUCCAACAACGAGUUGGUCCGAACCAACUCUCUCACCAAAUCCGCCGUCGUUCAAGUCGAUGCCGCUCCUUUCCGUCAAUGGUACGAGGCACACUACGGCCAGAACCUCGGUCGCAGGCGCCAACAAAAAGCUGGACAAGAGCAUGCCGAGCCCGAGAAGAAGAGCAAGGGUGUAGAGACCAAGCAGGAGCUCCGGUUCAAGGCCCAAGGAAAGGUUGAGCCCGCUUUGGAGAAGCAGUUCGAGGCUGGUCGUCUUUACGCUGUUAUUUCAUCCCGUCCAGGACAGAGCGGACGUGUUGACGGUUACAUUUUGGAGGGAGAGGAGUUGGCUUUCUACCAGAGACAAUUGCGCAAGUAG